AUGCGCGUCCUAUCUUCUACAUCGUUCCCUUCUCGACUCGCCUGCCCCGCGACCUUUUUCAGGGCGCGCACUAUCUCCUCUUUCUCGAAAGCUCGAUGCUUCCACCAAACCCGCGCGAACGAUAAAGAUCUCGCGAUCUUCAAAAACAGCCUGCAGAGAACACUCGAUGCCCAUCGGUCUUCAAAUCAAGCCAGUAUAAUACGUCGAAUCCCCAGUCAAGUAGACCCCAAGGACACGCCAGAGGAUGCUACAAAAUCCCAGGAUCCGUUGGUCGUACCGCCGACCGCAGGUAUAACUUCGCGACUCUCUGCAGCCCGGAGAGGUUCCAAGAGAAAAUCCCGCUCCUCGGGCAAAGAUGUCUCGCCUUCGCAGCCUACAAACUUGCAUCGGCCCGUACAGUGGGUCCCUGACCCCCAGCGCGACCGAUCAGAACAGUGUCCUUGGCUGAACAAUUUGGAUCCAGCCCACGCUUUCGGCGAUGGCCUCUCGCAGCUUGAUGCGGAGAUAUGCGCGCUCGAGAAAUACGUGGCGCCCACACUGCCAGAGGAAAGGCAGGUCCAUCGGAUUGCCGCGGAUAUGUCUCAGUUAUUGGAAGGGACUGUGCCCCAUGCACCCCUGAUAAUCGGAUCAUGGCAAACUGGAUUUGCUAUGGGUCACUCGAGUCUGGACCUCCUUCUUCCCAUUCCAGACGCAGUACGUUCCAUCGAAAUUAUUCGAAAGCCAAGCGCUACCCGCCCAAAGGCCCUCACUCUACGUCGGGGCCUGCUACGCGAUGUCAACGAUAUACUCCAGAACUGCCCCCUCUUCACCGGUCGGGUAGAUCUAUCAAUCGAGCGGAGCCGCAUCACCGCUGUCGAGGGCCGUACUGGACUCCAGAUGCACAUCUAUUGCGGUGAAGGGUUACCUCCAAUUCUUGAGUAUGUCAGAGACUACCGUGCGGAGUACCCCUCGCUUCGGCCUCUCUACAUGACGGUACGGCUUAUCUUGGAAUCCCAAGGCUUGUAUGGCUCUCGUAUAUCGUCCAUAGGGUCAGAACCACUUCUUAUGCUUGUCGUGGCUUUUCUGAAGAUGAACCAUGGCCGAUUUCGACGAUCGGACGGCCUGGGUGAGAGUCUCCUUGCAUUCCUCCGCAUGUACGGUACACAGGUCGAUCUCACAACCACCGGGGUCUCUGUUGACCCUCCUACUCUGUUUAAUGCGGAGACCCUCAAGCUAGCCAGCCGAAUGUACAGUCCAGAUAAUCUACCUGCCCAUAUACGUGGCCAACGUUCUAUAAUGAACCUGAGGAGAACUGCCGCGAUCAGAGGCAACGUGACUACCGCUACACGGCUAUGCCUACAAGAUCCAACCAACUACAUGGACGACUUGGGUCGUACCUGUAUACAGACCAGGGGGCUCCAGUCCGCCUUGGCGAGCGCCUACGAGCGCCUCAGCACAACCCUUAAUAAUUGGGAGAAAGACAGGCCUAGUGAACCGGUUUCUAGCCUGCUGGGCAUUGCCCUCCGAGCGAACUUCGAUGAUUUCGAUGAUGUGCGUCGCCAGCGUACUUUGGGAGAAUGA